UUGCAAUUUUGAAUCAUUCUAUUCAUAUUAAAAUGAUAUCGAAAAAGGCGGUAUUGAUUGCGCCCGAUGGAGGUUGGGGUUAUAUGAUUGUAUUUGGUUUUACAUGUGUAUUGGGCACAGCAGUAUCCCCGUUGCAUUCAAGUUUUUCAAUAAUUUUUGGUAAAUUUCUAAGUGAAAUUGGAGAUGGACCAAGUUCAGUUGCAACUGUUACCAGUGUUUUUUCUUUGUGCUUCACAUUUACAGGAGUCUUGGCAAAUCCAUUAAUCCAAAAGUUUCCACUGAGAACAAUAAGCUUCUUUGGAGCAACACUGUUUGUAAUUGGAGCCUUAUUGAAUAUAUUUGUGACUAAAACAUGGCAUUUAGUUGUUACUUAUGGAAUUUUAUCUGGUACGGGAUUCGGAAUUAUCUUACCAUGUAUUCUAACAAGUAUAAAUAGUUAUUUUGAUAAAAAACGUGCGACCAUGAAUAGUUUAGCACAAUUGGGCACUUGUCCACUAUUUAUUGCACUGCCAAUGUGUUUUCAAUAUUUUAUGGAACAUUUUGGAUUCCGUGGUACAGUUGCCAUAUUGGCUGCGUAUUCAGCAAACAUGUUUAUAGCAGUGGCUGUAAUGGCACCCGUGGAAAACCAUGCACGGAAGGAAUAUGAACUAGUCACAGUGAAUAUAAAUGGGAAAACUUUGGAAAGUGUUACGAAAAUCGUAAAUGAAAAUAUGGAAAAAGAAACAAAAGUAAUCGAUGAAAACUCAAAAUUAACCGAAGAUAAAGAUAAUUGUACAAUAAACCCGAAAUUAGAAGAAGCUCUCAAUAAUAAAUUUGGACUAUGGCAACGAAUUAUUCAUAUGUUUGAUUUAACAUUGCUCCACGAUUGGAAAUUCGUUAAUUUGAUCUUUGGCAUGGCAAUGUUUUUUAAUUUAGAUGUUUAUUACCUAACAAUGUCACCAAUGUUUUUAUUGCGCCGUGGAUUUGAUCCAAAUCAGGUAGCAUUUUGUGUGACCACAGCUGGACUUGGAGACUUUUGUGGACGAUUUACUUUGACCUUAAUAAGUAAACAUGUACCAUUUAAGUUUUGGUUUGUUGUACUCUUUGCCAGUUUUCUGAUGUUUCUAUUACGUAUUGUGUUUAUGAUUGAAAUGUCGUACACGUUAAUGUUGGGAUUAUUUUUCGUAACUGGAUUUAGUCGAAGCUAUGUACAUACUCCAGUUCCAAUUUUAUUCACAGAACGUUACAAUAUUGAACGAUUUCCAGCUGUUUGGGGAUUAUAUUCAGUUGCAUCUGGCUUUGUAAAUAUAAUAUUAGGGGUUUGUAUAGGUUCCGUAGCAGAUUAUUUUAAGAAUGAUACAUAUACAAUGCACACAUUUACAAUAAUUUCAAGUGUUUUAAUCACAACAUGGUUUAUUCAAGCAUAUCUCGAAAACCGCCCAAAGAAACAAUAG